AUGGCGGGCGAGGAGGCUGCGGAGAGCAGCAGCAGGAGGAGGACGUUGAUGAUGCCCAACUCGACCGGUGCUGCGCCGGAAGCCCCAAGAAUGGGCGAGCCUAAGGAAUCGCUCGCCCCGGCGGUGGCAGGCGAGCCUGAGAAGGAUGACUCCUGUGGAUGCAACUCUAGCUUUGAGUGUAACAUCUGUCUUGACGUGGCUAAAGAGCCCGUGGUUACACCUUGCGGCCACCUCUUCUGCUGGCCAUGCUUGUACCGGUGGCUCUAUGCACAGUCACCCUUCUGUGAGUGCCCUGUCUGCAAAGGUGUGGUGCUGAAAGAGAAUAUCACUCCGAUAUAUGGAAGAGGCAGCGAAGAAGGGGAGUCCACCGCCAACCCUGACUUGCCGCCCAGGCCUCGAGCAAACAGAAGGGAGAGCCUGAGGCAGCAGUUGCAAACGGCGGCAAUAGCGGGGGACACAAGAGAAAUUGAAUCGGUGAUUAUGCAGCUGAUACAAAACCAGCGUAUAGUGGGAGGCCUCCCAACCCCGGCGGGGACCGAGAUGACUUCGGUUCCUGCAGCCCGGCAAAGGACCACACCUGCUAUAGUGGCCGAGCCUGGGUCAAGUAGGCAGUCAAGGCCUUCGGAGUCCCCAACCAUAAGAAGAACAAGGAGGAGGCCACAGUAG